AUAUCCCCGGUUGCUCUGGUGGCAGGUGUAGCCGUGGGGAACUUAGCGGUGCUAUGGAUAAGAGGCCCCUCAGACCUUCGAAAUCCUAAAAGUGACGACAUCUCGAAGAGGACGUGACGGCAUGGUCGGAGACAGCUGAUUAGCCAAGUUCUGGAACGAUAAGGACUGAUUGACACAGCAUGGAUGUGUCAGAGUUGCUCCGGCAAGAGGUCGAUCGUCUCUCACGAGAACUAGACGAAGCAAAUAAUGAAAAAGUACAAAGUGCAAAGUACGGCUUGGUGCUUCUCGAAGAGAAAGCAGCACUAACCCGACGGUGCGAUGAACUCGAGAAGCACUAUGACAGCGCGAGGAGUGAGCUAGAAAUUCUCAGAGAGGCCCUCAAGAAAGUUGAGACCUCACAGAAGCUGUCGGCGACGACCGGCAUCGAACAAGAGGAUUCUCUCCUGGAAGAAGCUGCCCAGAAGGAGGCCUCACUGACUUUGAGCCUCCAAGAUGUGGAAAAGGAGCUCAAGUCAGUCAGGCAGGAGUUGGGCAGGGUCACGGCGGAGAGAGACCGCAUGAUAGCCGACGCUGCAGAUCUGAAAGAGUCGCAUUCUAAGAGUGACUGGGAACGGAAAAACCUGCGCACUGAGCUCAAAGAUGUCAAAUUGCGCGAGCAAAGACUGCUCUGCGACAACAACGAGCUCGAGGAAGAGAACAUCGGUCUUCAGAAGCAGAUUUCCACACUAAGGCAGAGUCAAGUCGAAUUCGAAGCGGUCAAGCACGAAGCCAGACGGCUCGCCGAAGAGGUCGAGGCUGUCAAAGGCCAGGCGGAGGACAUGUUCCGUCUCAAAGAUCUUUUCCAGAAGCAGCUGGCCGAAGCUCUGGAUUCGCUCCAGAAAGAGCGAGAGCAGAAAUAUCUCUACAAGAAAGAGUUGGACCAAAGAGAUCAGGCGGCCGCUCUUUCCGGCAACAUCGCUGGUCUCCGCCUCGAACUGGGCGAAGCUUCUGCCGACGACAAAAUCCGACCAUCGACCGUAGGUGAUCUCUUCAGUGAACUUCACCUCACAGAGAGAAGGAAACUGGAGAAACAAUUGGAAACGAUCGAACUCGAGAAGGAUUCACUGGCCAAAACGCUCGAGGAUGCCAAGCAAGAACUCGAGCUUUGCCGUACAGAGCUCGAAGAUAGAGGCAGGAAACUGCUCCUAUUCGGUGAGCGGGUCACCGCCAUCAUAAUGCAGGCCGAAAACGAAGCAAACUCAAAGAUGGAGAGCGCAGCUGCGCUCCUGACGAAUUUGAAACUGGUCCAAGGGGACCUAUCGAGUCUGGACAAGGUCGACGGGCUAGACAUGAGCGAGAACGUUGUCCUGAAAAACCAAGUCGCUAAUUACAUGAACAAGAUAUCGACGUAUGAACAACAGAUCAACGAUCUGAGCGAAGAUCUGAAAAUCGUGAGCAACAUCGGUGACUGGAUCAACGGCAGCACCCUGAAGGCGCUCGAAGAAAUCUACGCGGUCCAAGACGACAUUGCGCAGCUAUACCACCACAUGUGCACAUUGAACGGCCAGACCCCGAAUCGCGUGGUGCUGGACCACGCGAGAGGCGAUCAGAAAGAAACGUCGAAGAGUCCUGUUGAAUCACUGUCCGACAAUUUCCGGACUGCCGAUUUCCGCCAGCUUCCUUUCAAGAAGGUCGACCCCGACGCUGUCAAAACCCAAGUGGAAACUCUUCGAGACCAAGUAAAGUUCCUCAAAGAAGCUGUCGAGAUGGCUGUCGGAAAUCCACACACAAUCACGGACACCGGUGCCGCCGACUCCGUGGCCACCGCGACCGAGGAAGGCGAUCCUCAAAAACAGAUCAUCAAACUCAGGUCGCUCGUAUCAACCAAGCGUGAACAAAUCGCUACACUCCGAGCGGUGCUCAAGGCCAAUAAGCAAACGGCCGAAGUCGCUCUCGCAAAUCUUAAGGCGAAAUACGAAACGGAGAAGUCGAUUGUUUCCGAAACGAUGCAGAAGUUGCGGCAUGAACUCAAGAUUUUGAAGGAAGAUGCGGCGACUUUCGCAUCGUUGAGAGCGAUGUUCGCGGCUCGAUGCGAGGAAUACGUCGCGCAACUGGAUGAAAUGCAGAACCAGUUCAGAGCGGCAGAAGAGGAGAAGAAGACCUUGAACUCACUUCUGAGGUUGGCCAUCCAGCAGAAAUUGGCGCUGACGCAGAAAUUGGAGGAGGCCGAGAUGGACCGCGAGAGGAAUCAUCUCCGGAGAUCGGGGUCCACGACCGCAUCGCCCCGAGUUGCUCGGAGCACGCCGAGAGGAAGUCCCCACCACUCGUCUCUACCAUUCUUCAAUAACCAACGCCAACCGAGACCCUCGGGGGAUUAUUGA